AUGGCCGCUAUGGCGGCUGAGGCGAGCGCCUCUGCCCUUGGCGUCCCUGAUGAUUCUACCCAGACACCUGUCGCAUCUGCAUCCGUGGGGGAUGCAGGUGCAUCAUCUCCCGUGGCGGGGGGAGGAGCCUUUGCAGCUGCGCCUCGGGGGCUGGGGGGGUCUCGGUCUAUUCCAACUCGCCACGCUGUGUCCAGACAGUCGAGUGCUGCCUGUCGCGUGGCUGCUGGGAGCAGGACGAAGUCUUCGCGGCUGUCUGCUGCCCUCAGUGCCUCGGGGGAGCAGCCAAAAGAGGCGCCGGAUACGCAUGCAGACGCUGCCGAGACACCGCGCGGCAGACAGUACAGCUCCAUCGCGCUUGGGACUAGCAGUGAAGCCUCGCCUCCAGGGAGGACAGGCCGAGGCACGCGGCACACUCGAGGCGGUCUGGAGGCUUCUGUUGCUGCAUCCCCCGCAGUGCUAGCGGAAGACGCCGUCCUGAGUGGCAGCAGCAGCUCCUUCACCAAGGCUGUUCGUCGUGUGGCUGGCCACCCUGCAAGUGCUGCAGGGGCCGCAUGCGCGGCGACUCCGCAAGCGGCACCACUCGCAGCAGCGGCAGAAGAUUCGGCUGCGGCUGUGGAUUUCCGUGGUCUGCGCCGUUCUCUUCGGCAAGCCCUCUUGGCGACUUCGGGGAAGGCGCAGUCUCCUUCGAAUGGGGGCAGCUGCGUGCCUACGGGGGGCGAAGGCCCCAUGGGAGGCAGCAGCUCCUCAAUUGUUGCAGGGUGUGGUUCGGCAGGUGCUGCCUCGGGUGUGACGGCUGGCGCUUACGGCGUGGUGAGCACUAGCGUGGCUGGAGGACGACGGCGCAUGCGGCAGACACAUCGGCAGCUGCUGCAGAGCUACGUUGUGGGGCAGCAGCACCAGCAGGUCGGCCUUCAGGCAGACGAAAGAAGCGGCUGUCUAGCGGAGUGGCUGGAUGUCGACAGCACAACGGCCUGCUGCUGCUGCGGCUCGAACUGUGCCUCUUGCAGCUCCAGCAACAGCGGCAGCAAUGACACACUGGGGGCAGCAUUGGGCUCUGCGUCUCGCACACGCAGCAGUGGGAGCUGCACUCGUGGCGCUCUCGAACUGCAAACAACUGCCCCUGCAACCAAGAAGGAGAAACGACAACAACAGCAACAACAGCAGCAACAACAGCAGCAACAACAGCAGCAACAACAGCAACAGCAACAGCAGCAGCAAGGUGAGGGUGCUGCUCCUUCCGGCGCACAGAAACAGCAAGGCGAUUCAGAAAAGGGGAUACUUGUUUGCCCUUCAUGGUUUGAGGCGGCUGUCCCCGUGGCGUUGGAGGGGAUUCCCCGUCAUUCGACGUUACGGCCCUCAUCUCCAUCUCGCGCUGCAGCGUUUUCAUCCCGCCAGGCGAAGUGGGAGGAGGAAGACACACGCGAGGCGGCUGAGCUCGCAGCAGCGACUGCUGGCACACCAUGGCCGAAGGGCAGCACGAGCAGCAGCUUUGGUGGCUACGGCGCAGCAACGCGUAACGGCGGAGUUGUUCCUCUUUGUUGCUACUGCGGACUGCCCCUUAGGCCUCCAGCAGUAGGCGUGAGGGGGGGGGCUGAGUCUGGCUGCCCCUUGGUUGCAGCUGCAGCAGCUGCUGCUUCUCUGGGGUUCGAUUGCAACACGCAGUGGUGCCGCUGCUGCACGCGGGUGUAUGGGGACCUCCGGCUCCAGCACCAGCGAGACGCUGCGGGACUGCCUUUUGCCGCUUUUUCUUUUCCCAAAGCCCCUCUUCGAUACAUCCUGCUCCCCGCGGAAGGUGCAGGAGACACUCCAGGAGGAGCUGGCUCCGUUGCCGCUGCCCUAGCAGCGGCCGCAGCUGCAGACACUCGCCGCAAUAGGCCUGCUGAGGAAAAUGCUUGUGGCGCUGCCGUUGCAGACGGAGACACCGAGGCGGCUGCCGCUGCUGCUGCUGCUGCCUCUGCUGCCUCUGCUUCUGCUUCUAACGCCACCAGCAACGGCGCCGUCACAGCCUUAAGACGCACCCGCAGCGGCCACCACUUUGCGCGAGCUUCGGGGUCUCGCACGAGUGGUCGCAGCAGCAGCAACGCGUCUGACCUUGUGCGGUUCUUAGGUGCCUCUUGCUGCUGGCCUAGCUGCACCUCCAGCAGCUGCUUUGUGCAACCCAUCGCGCGCCUGCAGCAGCAGAUGACGCAGCUGCAGCAACAGUGCGCAGAGCUGCAGGCAAAACAGCAGCAGCAGCAGCUGUGGGGCACUGCCGAUGGGGCACCUGCCACACCCGUGGCUCCGAGAACAGGGGCUGGUGUCAAGCCUUCCCUUGUCGGCGGGAGAGUUGCCACCAAUCCAUCGUCACCGCUAGCGGCGGAGAAGGGGGGAGCAACCCCAGCGCAAGAGACGACUGCAGCGGUUUCAGCCGAAGGGGCAGCAGGAGGAGGCCGACCAGUUGGUACACGCGCAUCUGUCUGUAAGGGCGUGCCUCCUUCUGACAUGACUCUCGCGGCAGAAUCGAAAGCUGAAGUGUCGCUAAUAGGCGCAAACACCGCAUCGAAACGAGGCCUGGCAGCACCUGAGCUAACUGAUGCAGCUGCUACACCCCCUCCAGUGGACUCCAAAUCUCAGUUCAGCCCCAACAAAUUGCAAGGGGGCGCUCAGACGCCUUCUGGAGCCCCUGAAGCGGCGGCCGCAUCUAGAAGUCUCUCUACUUCUUUCGCCGUUCCAAUGCGCACCGUUGUCGUUCCCCGGGUGUACCUCGAGAGUACCAGCAACUGUUAUGUCGCGACGGCCUUUGACUCUUCGCGGCGACAGCUCCUUCAGAAGCGCUUCUGCUGUUCGAUCCUAGGGGAGCAGCGCGCGCAUGCAUUGUCGUGCCAGUGGCUGCGGUGGGUGCACAGGAACAUCGCCAGCCAACUACAUGAAGGUCGUCUUUCCCGAGGACAGCAGUACAGUACUCUGGGUAUGCCUACAGGUGCUGCAGCGACAGCAGUGCAGGGGUCUUGCGCUGACAGUGAAGCAGCAACAACUGCUGCUGUCUCCCCGGGACGCAAAACGGAUGGUGGCGGGCCUUGUUCGCACCGUCGCGGCUCGCAGCGAGGCGAUGGAGCCCCCGACAUCCAGCCUCAGCAGGAACAAUUGCGAGUUGAUCGUACGUACAAGCGCAGGAGGCGUUGCGGGGACUUCCGUGAGGGUAGCGAUACAGAGGAGGCGCCAGUACAUAGCGGGCGGUGUGCGACUGAUGCUUGUGGUUUGGAGACAGUGGCAAGGGCUUAA